AUGGAAAUUGUCCUACAUACUGAUGUUCUCAGAAAGACACAAAUCUGUAGUCAAGAGCGAGAUCGCACGAUGCGGUUUCCAGAUUACUUCUUCUUUGCUGGAAAACUUUUGGUAAACCACAAAAUCGAAACUAAGUACGUCAGAGACUUGGAUCACUGCGAACUUUUCUGCUACAUGAACGACAACUGUGUCAGUGCUAACUUCAAAAGAGAGCCAGAGACUGAAGGAAUGGCUCAUGUUUGUGAAUUGAAUAACGCAACUCAUCUGGAUUAUGAUACUGACCUGAUAACUGAUGCCGAUUUUUACUAUCGCGGCUCAAUGAACGCCUGCGGGAAAAAUUCACUGUGCAAAAAUAAUGCCACUUGUCAGUCUGGUUUUACAGUCAAGGGAUAUCGUUGCUUGUGCCCUCCAGGAAUCGAGGGAGAAAAUUGUGAAAAAGAUAUUGACGAGUGUGCUACACUUGACAAUAAAUGUACUCUUGGUGGUGGUAUUUGCGAAAAUACAGCAGGAUCAUACAAUUGCACCUGCCAGUCUGGACAUUACUGGGAUGGUACCAAAUGCGUAGCUGACAUAUGCCUACUCCACACUGUCUUGCACGCUGUUGAUAGAGCCGUAAGUCACCGCACCGCGGGAGAUCCAAAAUGUGAUGAAAAUCUUAACACUGGUUGGUACCGUUUCCUGAAUAUUUCAGGAAUAACAAUGCCGACUAAGUGUCCACCUUCUGACUCAUGCGGUGCAACAAAUUCGGGCUGGUUGCGCGGCGAUCAUCCCACAGUGGAUGAGGGAGAAGUAACAAGGACUGUCUGCUUCAGCAGGAGCUCAGCACUGUGCUGUAAGGAACAAAACUUCAUUACGGUGAAGAACUGCAGUUCCUUUUACGUCUACCGUUUAGUACCGACGACGAAAUGUUCCUACCGUUACUGUUUCACAUAUAACUGA